AUGUGCAACUCAAUCAUGAGAUGUAAUGUUGAUAUUAGGAAAGAUUUAUUUGCAAACAUUGUGCUUAGUAGUGGCUCAACUUUGUUUCCUGGCUUAGCAGAACGUAUGACCAAGGAAAUCACUGCUCUUGCUCCGAGCCACACGAAGAUCAAGGUGUUUGCACCACCUGAUAGGAAGUACAGCACCUGGAUAGGAGGACCAGUUCUCGCUUCACUCAGUACUUUCCAACAAAUGUGUAUAACAAAUAGCAAAUAUGAUGAAUUUGGUCCCUCAAUUGUCCACAGGAAGUGUCCCUAA